AUGAUACGUCUUCAAGGAGGUGAUUAUUCUAAUCAAGGACGUGUGGAGGUCUAUUGUAAUGGACAAUGGGGAACAAUAUGUGAUGAUGGAUUUAGUUCUACUGAUUCUCAAACUAUCUGUAAACAAUUAGGAUAUAACUAUUACUAUAAUUAUGAUCAUCUCAAUAUACAACAGAUAUACCCCAGUACAUAUAUGGUACCAGGUCAAGUACUACCUCAACAAUUUCCACAACAAUAUAUGACCCCACAGCAACCUUUAUAUGUACAACAACCUCAGCAGAUGAACCUACAGUCAAAUGGAUCCACUACCACACAAGAUAUUGAUUCUUCAGUUUCCCAGGAGCCAGUAACAAUUCAAGAUACUCCUACUCAGAACCCACCACCCCAAAGUGCUAUUGCUAGAAGUGAUGCUUACUUUGGUCAGGGGAGUGGCUCAAUAUUAUUAGAUGAGGUUCAAUGUACUGGUAAUGAAGCCUCCAUCUUCUCUUGUUCUCAUAACGGUAUUGGAUACCACGAUUGUAGUCAUAGUGAGGAUGCUGGAGUUGUUUGUCUUAAAGGUGCUAUUGCUAGAAGUGAUGCUUACUUUGGUCAGGGGAGUGGCUCAAUAUUAUUAGAUGAGGUUCAAUGUACUGGAAGUUGUACUAAUGGUGAUAUUCGUCUAAUUGGUGGUCCUAAUAGUACAUCUGGUCGUGUAGAAGUAUGUGCUCAUAGUCAGUGGGGUACAGUAUGUGAUGAUAGCUGGGAUAAUAAUGAUGCUAAAGUUGUAUGUAGAAUGUUGAACUAUCCUAGUUCUGAUGCUAUUGCUAGAGGUAGUGCUUACUAUGGUCAGGGGAAUGGCUCAGUAAUACUAGAUAAUGUUCAAUGUACUGGUAAUGAAGUGUCCAUCUUCUCUUGUUCUCAUAACAGUAUUGGAUACCAUGAUUGUAGUCAUAGUGAUGAUGCUGGAGUUGUUUGUCAUAAAGAAUACAUAUGUACUUAUGGUGAUGUUCGUCUAGUUGGUGGUCCUAAUAGAACAUCUGGUCGUGUAGAAGUGUGUGCUAAUAAUCCGUGGGGUACAGUAUGUGAUGAUUACUGGGAUAAUAAUAAUGCUAAAGUUGUAUGUAGAAUGUUGAACUAUUCUAGUUAUCGUACUAUUGCUAGAGGUAGUGCUUACUUUGGUCAGGGGAGUGGCUCAAUAUUAUUAGACAAUGUUCAAUGUACUGGUAAUGAAGAAUCCAUCUUCUCUUGUUAUCAUAACAGUAUUGGGUCACAUGAUUGUAGCCAUAGUGAUGAUGCUGGAGUUUGAAUUUGUACUUAUGGUGAUGUUCGUCUAGUUGGUGGUCCUAAUAGUACAUCUGGUCGUGUAGAAGUGUGUGCUAAUAAUCAGUGGGGUACAGUAUGUGAUGAUUACUGGGAUAAUAAUGAUGCUAAAGUUGUAUGUAGAAUGUUGAACUAUCCUAGUUCUGCAAUUUGUACUUAUGGUGAUGUUCGUCUAGUUGGUGGUCCUAAUAGUACAUCUGGUCGUGUAGAAGUGUGUGCUAAUAAUCAAUGGGGUACAGUAUGUGAUGAUAGCUGGGAUAAUAAUGAUGCUAAAGUUGUAUGUAGAAUGUUGAACUAUUCUAGUUAUGCAAUUUGUACUUAUGGUGAUGUUCGUCUAGUUGGUGGUCCUAAUAGUACAUCUGGUCGUGUAGAAGUGUGUGCUAAUAAUCAGUGGGGUACAGUAUGUGAUGAUUACUGGGAUAAUAAUGAUGCUAAAGUUGUAUGUAGAAUGUUGAACUAUUCUAGUUAUGGUAAAGGUAAUGCUUACUUUGGUCAGGGGAGUGGCUCAAUAUUAUUAGAUAAUGUUCAAUGUACUGGUAAUGAAUACUUCAUCUUCGCUUGUUCUCAUAACUAUAUUGGGUCACAUGAUUGUAGUCAUAGUGAUGAUGCUGGAGUUGUUUGUUUUGAAACAAUUUGUACUUAUGGUGAUGUUCGUCUAGUUGGUGGUCCUAAUAGUACAUCUGGUCGUGUAGAGGUGUGUGCUAAUAAUCAAUGGGGUACAGUAUGUGAUGAUUACUGGGAUAAUAAUGAUGCUAAAGUUGUAUGUAGAAUGUUGAAAUAUUCUAGUUCUGUUGCUAUUGCUAGAGGUAAUGCUUACUUUGGUCAGGGGAGUGGCUCUAUAUUAUUAGAUAAUGUUCAAUGUACUGGUAAUGAAGUCUCCAUCUUCUCUUGCUCUCAUAACAGUAUUGGGUCACAUGAUUGUAGUCAUAGAGAUGAUGCUGGAGUUGUUUGUCUUAAAUGUCGUCUAGUUGGUGGUCCUAAUAGAACAUCUGGUCGUGUAGAAGUGUGUGCUAAUAAUCAGUGGGGUACAGUAUGUGAUGAUUACUGGGAUAAUAAUAAUGCUAAAGUUGUAUGUAGAAUGUUGAACUAUUCUAGUUAUCGUACUAUUGCUAGAGGUAGUGCUUACUUUGGUCAGGGGAGUGGCUCAAUAUUAUUAGACAAUGUUCAAUGUACUGGUAAUGAAGAAUCCAUCUUCUCUUGUUAUCAUAACAGUAUUGGGUCACAUGAUUGUAGCCAUAGUGAUGAUGCUGGAGUUGUUUGUCUUGAAAGAAUUUGUACUUAUGGUGAUGUUCGUCUAGUUGGUGGUCCUAAUAGUACAUCUGGUCGUGUAGAAGUGUGUGCUAAUAAUCAGUGGGGUACAGUAUGUGAUGAUUACUGGGAUAAUAAUGAUGCUAAAGUUGUAUGUAGAAUGUUGAACUAUCCUAGUUCUGGUGCUAUUACUAGAGGAAAUGCUUACUUUGGUCAGGGAAGUGGCUCAAUAUUAUUAGAUAAUGUUCACUGUACUGGUAAUGAAGUGUCAAUCUUCUCUUGUUCUCAUAACUAUAUUGGGUCACAUAAUUGUAGUCAUAGUGAUGAUGCUGGAGUUGUUUGUCUUGAAGCUGCUGUUGUUAUUAAAAAACAUCACAAGAGUCGUAUCCAAACCUCAUAUAGGCAACAAAUUGAGCUCAGAUCUGCUGGAACCAUUCAACCCAAUACAGCAUCACAUCCUUUAGCACAGCAACCACCACCUUCAUAUCCACAGCAACCACCACCUUCAUAUUCAGAGCAACCACCACCUUCAUAUUCAGAGCAACCACCACCUUCAUAUUCAGAGCAACCACCAGCUGCAUACCUUGUAACUCCUUCAAGUUGUACUACUGGUGUUGUUAGACUGGUAGGUAGUACCUAUACAUAUCAAGGAAGAGUAGAAAUAUGUGUUAACAAUACAUGGGGUACUGUAUGUGACAAUGGCUUUGACAGUAGUGAUGCUAGAGUUGUAUGUCGACAACUACUAGGAUAUUCAUCAGCUUAUGCGUAUUAUGACAGUGCCUAUUUUGGACAAGGGACUGGUCCAAUAUGGCUGGAUAUUCUUGUUGACUCUGGAUCUGAGUUAACAUUACUACAAUGUUCUCAUAGAGGAAUAGGUAGUCAUAAUUGUGAUCAUAGUAAAGAUUUGGUGUUCAAAUACCACAUUGGUCGUGUAGAAGUGUGUACUAAUAAUCAUUGGGGUACAGUAUGUGAUGAUUACUGGGAUAAUAAUGAUGCUAAAGUUGUAUGUAGAAUGUUAAACUAUCCUAGUUCUGGUGCUAUUGCUAGAGGUAGUGCUUACUAUGGUCAGGGGAGUGGCUCAAUAUUAUUAGAUAAUAUUGAAUGUACUGGUAAUGCAUCCAUCUUCUCUUGUACUCUUGGUGGUCCUAAUAGCACAUCUGGUCGUGUAGAAGUGUGUGCUAAUAAUCAUUGGGGUACAGUAUGUGAUAAUUACUGGGAUAGUAAUGAUGCUAAAGUUGUAUGUAGAAUGUUGAACUAUUCUAGUGCUAUUGCUAGAGGUAGUGCUUACUUUGGUCAGGGAAAUGGCUCAAUAUUAUUAGAUUAUGUUCAAUGUAGUGAAGUGUGUGCUAAUAAUCAGUGGGGUGGUACAGUGUGUGAUGAUUACUGGGAUGAUAAUGAUGCUAAAGUUGUAUGUAGAAUGUUGAAACUAUCCUCUUCAGGUGCUAUUGCUAAAGGUUAUGCUUACUUUGGUCAGGGGAGGGGCUCAAUAUUAUUAGAUGAGGUUCAAUGUACUGGUAAUGAAGUGUCCAUCUUCUCUUGUUCUCAUAACAGUAUUGGAUACCAUGAUUGUAGUCAUAUUGGUGGUCCUAAUAGUACAUCAGGUCGUGUAGAAGUGUGUGCUAAUAAUCAGUGGGGUACAGUAUGUGAUGAUUACUGGGAUAAUAAUGAUGCUAAAGUUGUAUGUAGAAUGUUGAACUAUUCUACUUCUGGUGCUAUUGCAAAAAGAAGUGCCUACUUUGGUCAGGGAAAUGGUUCAAUAUUAUUAGAUAAUGUUCGAUGUACUGGUAAUGAAACAUCCAUCUUCUCUUGUCCUCAAAACAUUAUUGGAAAACCCACUACCUUCAUAUCCAAGGAACCACCACCCUCUUAUCUGCAGCAGUUCCCAGCUUCAAAUCCUCUCCCAUCACCUGCAGAUAACACUGUCUAUCCAGAUCAAGACACAAAUAUGGAAGAAGAGACACUGAGACGUCCUCCUCCUCCAAGUUACGCUAAUCUUUAUAAUGAUUAA